AUGGAGAUAUCAACAUUGGCCAUAGAUCGUUUCGAUCUAUUUACAAUUCUUUUUGAUAUUUUAAUUUCAAUCUUUGGUUGUCUUAUGGUUAAUCGACUUAUACCAAUAUUAAGAGAGAAGUUUAUUAAAGCACAAUUAUGGGGAUAUGAUUUAAAUAAACGAAAUUCAAAAGAAGUUAAAGUUGCAGAAUCCCAAGGUGUUUUAGCGGCAGGCAUUUUUCUUGUACUAAUGUUUAUUAUGAUUGCUAUUGUCUUUUCUGAACAUUUACAUCCAGAAAGUGAUUUUCCACAUAAUAAAUUUGUUGAAUAUUUAGCUGCUCUACUCUCUAUCUGUUGUAUGGUAUUACUUGGUUUCGCUGAUGAUGUACUUGAUCUACGUUGGAGUGUCAAAUUAUUAUUACCAUUAAUUGCAUCAUUACCACUUUUACUUGUUUAUUUUGCUAAUUAUCAUUCGACAACUAUUAUUUUACCUAAACCGGUAAGACCAUAUUUAGGUCAACAAUGGAAUCUUGGUAUUCUAUAUUAUAUUUAUAUGAGUAUGGUAGCCGUAUUUUGUACGAAUGCAAUUAAUAUUCUAGCUGGUAUCAAUGGACUUGAAGUUGGUCAAUCGAUUAUUAUUGCAAUUUCAAUACUUAUUUUCAAUGUAGUUGAAUUACAAGGUAUUUGUUGGGAAGAACAUUUAUUUUCACUUUAUUUUAUGAUUCCAUUUAUUGCUUGUACAUUUCCAAUUUUAAUCAAAAAUUGGUAUCCAGCAGAAAUAUUUGUUGGUGAUACACUUUGUUAUUUUUCUGGUAUGACAUUUGCUGUUGUUGGUAUACUUGGUCAUUUUAGCAAGACAAUGUUACUUUUUUUUAUACCUCAAAUUGUUAAUUUUCUUCUAUCUGUACCACAAUUAUUUCAUUUUAUUCCUUGUCCACGACAUCGUUUACCAAAAUUAAAUCCAGAAUUGAAUAAACUUAAUCCAUCAGAAGUUGAAUUUAAAAAAAGUGAUUUAAAAAUACUUGGUUGGUUAAUGUUACGUUUUUUUUCAAUAACAAAAUUUAUUAGAUAUCGAGAAUAUCGAAAUCAUGACGAUGAAUUAAUGAUUUCAACAACAAAUUUUACUAUUAUUAACACAGUUCUUUGUUGGUGGGGUCCAUUACAUGAAGAAACACUUGCUCGAAUAUUAAUUUUUAUACAGGUCAGUAUAUGA